AUGUCCAACGAUUCCGCCGUGCGCCCCAUCUUGCCCCAGGACGCAUCGAGCACCCAAUCCGCACACAUGGGUUCCUUUCCCUUCAUCCCGCACCAGUAUCCCCAGAGGGAGACGCAGAAGAACUAUGUCUUUGUCGACGAGCACAACCGCCACAAGCGCUUAAAGGUCAUGAGAGCCUGUGAGGGCUGCCGGAGAAGGAAGAUCAAGUGCGACGCCGCCACUACAAACACAUGGCCCUGUUCGGCCUGCAUCAGGCUCAAACUCCACUGCGUGCGGCCCAACGGCUACGACGGCUCGUCCGACUCGGCCGCCACCCACCCGCCCGCCACGUACGAGACCAUCCUGAACCCCUCGGGCCAGUUUCAGCAAAUCGCCCUGCAGCCUCAUGUCCCCAAGCACGCGGCCGACGUCUACCCAUCACACGGCGCAUACCCGGACCCCGAUGCCUCGGCCUACCAGUCCAUGCCCUUUGACUCGCAGCACAGCCUGCACUACACGACCGUUCCUCCGCCUCCCGUCUCCCUUCUCGACCACCACCACCACCAGCCCUACGCGCCACCCCAUGCCUUUCCCACUCCGCCCCUGCAGCCGGCCCCGCGGCCCGACGACUCCUCCGAGGCCUGCUCCACCGACUCGUACCAGCAGCAGGACCUUGCCGAUCUGCUGGGCACGCUCAAGGUCAACGAGCUCGGAACAGCCCCCUAUCUACGCAAUAAGGCAUCUUUUCGCCACCAUGAAAUGCCCGCCGUCGAGGAUGACGAUGAUUUCGAGAGCGUCCUGCCUCCCAUCAUCACCGGACCGGGCCACAAAGUCCGGGUACCGCCGGAACUGAUGCCCGACGAUGCCUCGGCACUACACUACUUUGACCUCUACUUCGCCCAAGUUCACCCCUAUGUACCGGUCCUGGAUAAGGUGCAGUUUUAUCGUCAGUGGAACUCGGCCAGAGAAACCAUUUCGCCCCUUGUUCUUGAGGCUCUCUUCGCCAUUGGAGGUCGUUUGGCCGAGGAUCCCGCUCAGGGGCACCAGUGGCUGGCGCUUGCUUCCAGGCAUGCCGAUUCCUUCAUGGAUAUUCCCCGCCUGAGCACGCUCCAGGCUCUCCUGAUGAUCCUCAAAGCUCGAGAGGCCGCGCCCAAGCGUGGCUACUACUACCGCUCGUGGAUGACGGUCGUGCAAUGUGUGCAGAUGGCCAAGGACUUGGGCUUGGACGAGCAUUACGAGGAUCACCAGGUCGGCCGCCCCUGCGACUCGAGCCCGGCUGAGUGUCAACUCCGAACCCGAAUCUGGCAGACGAUAUUUGUCUGCGAGGUCAUGGUCGGCACACCCCAAGGCCGUCAUGACUUGUCCGUCGACCUGGAAUCGGUCGACUUCAGCAUCCCCCUCCAGGUUGAGGGAGGCGACGAUGGCGAAUACCUCGUGUCGCGGAAUUUCACCUACUUUGCCCGGCUUGUGCGCAACAUCGGCAGAAUGAGCAAAGUCUAUGCAAAGAUUGGGAGGAAACGAGAAUGGGGCAUGGACCCGGAAUUCCAGCAACUCAGCCAGAGCAUCAGCUCGUUCUUGUCCGAACUGCCGGCGGACAUGGCCAUCACAUUCCCGCCCGGCAGCUCGCCUCCGUGGAUACCGUCCUCGUUUCUCGGAAACCUGCACUCGUACUACUACCUCACCCUGAUUCUUUACCACCGGCCCGUGCUGUCAUUUCUCGACCCGGCCGCAAACGAGUCGCAAUGGAAGCACCACAUGUCCAUCUGCUACGACGCGGCCAAAUCCCUCUGCCGCCUUCAGGAGAGCAUCGUGCAAACGUUUAGCCUCACGGGGCUCCAGGCCAUGCAGCGAGGCUUUAGCUUCACCGUCUACGCAGGGCUUUCUUGCAUUGUCCUCCAUCUUGUUGCCAUCGUGUCGCCGGAUCCCGAGCUCAACUCGGACGCCCCGGAAUACUUUACUCGCCACAUGAGAAUCAUGGAGAAGGUGAUGGAGGCGUGGCCGAUGCCGGAGCUCCAGAAGCAGAUUGACGCCGUCCGCGAAGCCUUCUCGGCCGACGUCAGAAGGCCCUUUGUGCUCAAGCCGUCGUUCCCGUACGGAAGCCCGCACUCGUCGAGCCAUCCCAGCCCGCCCGGAGGGACGCACCGAUAUCGACAGGCCAUGGAUCGAACAGGCCCGCUAGACCAGCAUCUGGGCACGCCCCAUACCCAGCCAGUCAGUUACCCUAGCCACCCCAUCUCACCGCCGGUAUCCGCCGGUCCUGGGGACAGCAAGGGUGACAGCCCGCCUGCGCAGUCGCUCGUCCUGAUGCCGCAAGACGGCCAGGCUCCGGACAUGCGGCAGGACAUGGCCAUCCCAAACAGCCAGCCCACGUGGAACCCAGCGAGGAUAUUCGAACAAUGGAACACGUCGUUUGGCUCGCCAGCGCAGGCGGAGCCGGUGGCCGCUGCCCAGGCUGAUGCCCUGGACAUGGCGACUUCUUCGGGCCCCUCGGAGAUUUCGACUAUCCCGGCCGUCCAAGGUGUCGGGGCGACGUUGGCAGCCGACGGCGCGCAGCAGAUGCCGGCACAGGCAUACUCGGCUCCCACGCCGAUGGCCAACUUUAUCACACCGGCCAUGUGGCAGGAGUCGGUGGCAAGCGUAUAUGAAGGGGGACUCAAACGAUCAUGGGAUUACGACACGAUGCAAACAAUGAAGCGACGUUGA